UUAUGUGUAUAUUCCGUCCAGUUCAAAAUAACUAGUAUUCCAAAUGAUAUGUUGAAGUUUACAUUCCUUUAACUUUUCCUUUGUUACUGUCGUUACUUUUAAAUGUUUGAAAACUCUAGCAUACUUUGUUGAAGUUUACAUUCAUGGAGUUUUAAAGUUAACAUAGACUGUUAGAGUAUUUCGCGUUCAAGCUAAAGAUAUUUUUGUUCAUACCUUAUUUCGACAUUAAAAAUGACUAUUUUUAAUCGCUUUAAAUGUGCUGGCUAAUUUUUAAUUGGAAAAAUUACACAAACUAGCAUACCUAAGACAUUAAUUACAAUUAAUAGCAAUAGUUUCUCAAAAUUACAACUAAUAAUAAAAGUAGCAAUAUUUUACCUUUUUAUUGAGAAGUGUGUGACUUUAACUCAUUAUCCUCUUUUCACGUCACUUUCCUUUACAUUACCCUAUUAUCACGCCAAUUUAUCAAUUUCAAUUUUCCCCAUUGUCUUUCUUGGAUUAUUUUAUUUUUCAAAUUCCAUUUUUUCUCUCUCUUAUCAAUCUCCAUUUGAGAAGUUGAAGAAUUUUACAUUUCUGUAUAGACAUGGCUUUCGAGAACUUCAGCGAUAAAAACGUUGUUUUUCGAAAGCUCAAAUCCAAGCCUGAAAAUAAGAUGUGCUUCGAUUGCAAUGUUAAGAAUCCAACUUGGGCAUCGGUGACGUAUGGGAUCUUCUUGUGUAUUGAUUGCUCCGUUGUUCAUCGCAGUCUUGGCGUUCAUAUCAAUUUUGUUAGCCAAGGGAUGCCAUUUUCGGCAAUGGGUGGGCUGGUGGCUUCGAUUGAACUCGCCAGUUUUGACGUUUCCCGAUGGAUUUUCGGUAGAGGGAGGGUCUAUCCGGCGAAUUUCACCGUGACAGUGACCGACAUCGACAGUCAUUAAUGAUGUUUUACCGGCGAGUAUUAGCCUGAACCAUUCAUGUAUUCAUAAAAUAGAUAUGUAUACGUUGUAAUAUAAGUAUAAUAUGUAUUCUGUAAAUACAAAGUGCCACUGUUUUGAAAUGUAAAGUAUAUACAUGUCACGGUUUAGAUAUGUUUUUAUGAAUGCAUAUUGCUAAGAUUUGUAUUUAUGUGAAGUUGUAUUUGUUAUUCAUUAGAUUUUGACUAUGAUAUGUACUUCUUUCUUCUUGAUAAGCAUGAUUUUUGUACCAGUUAUAUAUAUAAAUAAAAUACAUAUAUAUUUGGUUUGCUUGAAGUAUAAA